GAUUGGCCAUUUCUUUUUCCUAUUUUCUUGCUCCUCUAAACUCAGUUCCCCCUUUCUGUUGGUGUGUCUCUCCAUCCAAAAUCAGCUCUGCACCAUUGAUGAUUUUUCUAUAUUCAGGUAGUGUGAAGGUGAACAGCUCAUUGUAUGUGUCGUAUUUGUGGGGUUGUAUAAGGUGAACGACAAAGGUAAACUUGGUUAUAUGUUGUAGGAAAAAAUAAGAUAUAUAUGAACAUCAAAGGAGUGUGAAUGGAUGGAUCAAGUUCACUAGGGUGUGUACAUAAGUGACGGUUUGAAGGGUGAAUCCUAAGUAAUCAUUUACACCGUAAUUUGGUCACAUAUUUGAGGAAGCAUUGCAGCAUAUCUAUUAGUGUAGCUGCUGCCUCUGUUCUUGUUGGACAGCAUGAUAUAAAGAACGAUGUAAUAUUGGAAAAUGGAAUGACUUUUGAAGUAGAAAGACAGCUGAAAACUUGGCUUUAAAUCAUCCACUUGAAGGAUUGAAUUGUUAAAUAUAUUUGAUGGGAGUUAUUAGGCAAGCCCACUGCAGUGGGUCGGGGGAAUAUGAAUACUCUUAUUUGGCAUUUUACUUAGGGACAGCAGGUGGGGGAUGUGUCUAUUACUCCCUAUUUUAUGAAAAGAACAAUAUAUUGGGAUUUAGUCCAAGACAGUGUAGAUGAUGGAAAGACAAGGAUCCCAAAUACUAUUUUAUAAAGGAAAAAUCAAGUCUUUUGUUGGGUAAAAAUAAAGAGGUACGAAGGAAAGAAACUCUUUGGCUUUCCAUUUCGUUUGCUGUAUAAAGAGGAUCUCGGAAGGGGAAAAUGAAAACAAGUAGCUACUUGGUCAUUUGGGGAAAAUCGCAGCUUUCAUGUGGUUUCACGUGAACUCUCAAUACCACUCAUUUAAAUUGAUACAAUUCUGUGCUAUAUGUAGUUCUGCUAGCAAAUAAGUUAAAUGGAGUGGCUAGUAAUCAUCGUUACAGUGGUUGUGCUGUGGGUGGCUUCGCUCUUUAAAAUUCUUCACGAAUCUCUCUCUGCCUCACAAGUUGAAGUUUUGAAUGAUGGUGGAGUUUUUUUCAAGAGAAACGUGUUGUUGGUUAUUGCCCAUCCUGAUGACGAGUCUAUGUUCUUCACUCCAACCAUUAAUUAUUUGUCUUCGAGAGGAUGUAAUUUGCACAUAUUAUGCAUGUCAACAGGUAACACAGAUGGUAUAGGCAAUGUCAGAAAAGAAGAACUUUAUUUAGCCUCGACUGUGCUUAAGGUUCCACAAAAGCAAGUGAAAGUCCUUGACCAUCCAGAUCUACAGGAUGGUUUUAGCAAAUCAUGGAACUCUAAGUUAUUGUCAAAGAUUAUCAAGGAGGAGAUUGUCAAUUGCGCAAUUGAUUUGGUCAUAACUUUUGAUAAUUAUGGAGUCUCAGGUCACUGUAACCAUCAAGAUGUUCAUCAAGGUGUACGAAAACUAUUGCAAGAUACUUUACAUAAAGAAGUUGAGGCCUGGGAGCUUGUUAGCACUAGCGUAUUGCGCAAGUACAGCGGACCAGUUGACACAUGGUUGUCCCUCCUAUCUGCCAAGUUCCAUUUAAGUGGAGUGGUGCAUUGCUUUCUAAAUGAACAUCCCAGAAGGAGCUUAGCUGCGAUGGCUCAGCACAGGAGUCAGUGGGUUUGGUUUCGCAAGUUAUUUGUUUCUUUCUCAAGUUACACAUACGUUAACUGCGUUAGGAAGAUCAACUAGAUACAUGUAAGGUUAUUGGUUCAAGAAGACACUUGAAAGGAAGAUCAACCAGAUGUUGGUUCAACAACACUUGAAAUGGGCAAG